AUGGCCCUGCCGCCUCCACCACAGGGGAGCCAGGCCUGCCAGGUCCUGCAGACGUGGCGCCCCCACCGGCACUUCCGGCAGGCCUCACCUUCUGCCUUCCCCUCCCCUUGCACCACCAGUGUCAAGCCAGUCAGAGAAGAAACGGAGGGAACGCCUUUUAAGUGUGAGCUUCAGAUCAACCGCAAAUGCCCUCGGAGCAGCCUGGAUGCACCCUGUCUAGUGCGGUCAGUGUCACCACCGCACACUGGUCUGGGACCAGAGCCCCCGGUCACUGCCCCUGGGGGAAGGAGGUUCAUGCCUGUUUUGCAGCUGGCCGCCAGCAGCCCCAGCCUGGUGGAGGCCUCUGGAGGCCUGGGGGAGGAGUGCGGGGUGCUGGGGAGCACGAGGCCGUCCAGGCGGAGAAAGGAGACCCCAGACCUGCAGGGGCCUCGCGGCAAGGCGCGCAAAGAGCGGACGGCCUUUACGGAGGAGCAGCUGCGGGAGCUGGAGGCCGAAUUCGCGCACCACAACUACCUGACGCGGCUGCGCAGAUACGAGAUCGCCGUGAACCUCGACCUCUCAGAGCGCCAGGUCAAAGUGUGGUUCCAGAACCGGAGGAUGAAGUGGAAGCGGGUGAAGGGGGGCCUGCCUGUCUCCCCCCAGGGCCAGGACCCCGACGAUGGGGACUCGCCAGCCUCCCCCAGCUCAGAGGGAGAACAGAGGACGCUGCCCACCCCACGCACCCCACCCUGGCACUGACUCAGGCACGGAGCUGCCCGGCGUCUCCCUAUCUGGCAGCCACUGGCCUGGCUUUGUCUCUCG